AUGACACAACGUAACCUAUCCUCUGGCACUACCUUCGAACGUAGUCAAGCUUUGAGAGAAGCAAGAGCGAGAAUCAGAGCAGUCUCUUUCAGCGAUAUGCUAUUAGCAUCAAACAAAGAUUUGAUUGAAAGAGCUGCCCAAUUCUUAGUAUCAAAUCCACAACUUGGUGAUGGCAAAGGUGCAUUCGAGGCAGCAGUCAUUGAAAGAGUCGAUCUACUCGGUAUCCAAUCUUGUCUCCAGUCAUUUGAGAGACCAAGUCAAAGGUUAUACUGCCAAGAUCCCACUAUUCGUUCCAGAUCAAACUCAGAAGAGGCUAUCACUUCGACUUCAUCAGCAGAAGAUGCAGAAGUUUUGAAACGCACAAUGAAAUGGAAGGAAUUCUCUUUUAUUUUAACCAAUACCUUCGGUACCAAACGAGAAUCUGACGAAUAA